CGGCGCCCCCUUAUUCUGCCUCAUCGACGGUACCCAUUUUUCCAGAGCAUCAGAUCCCUUAUAAUUGGAUCAGAGGCAAUGGGGCGAACCAUGUCGGCCCUCAAACGAUCUCGGAGCUACCUGGUGGGACAAACAAGCCUGGCUACACCGGGGGCAUCCGAUUGCUCAGUCUGACUCCAGCGUUUUCACUGGAAGGACAUCUUCAACCGCUUUUGUCCGUAACGCGUCAUUUCGCGAUCUUAUAGUAUACUGGGUAUCUUCUGAUACAAAGCUUCAGUCAACUCUUUUCUACCGUAUAUUGCGAUCAUCUCUCGCCGCUGAUCACACCAGCCACCAUGGCUCUGCCGCCGCCGCCGCCGUCGUCCCAGACGAUGAACGUGAACCUGGAGUUCUCUCUGCCGGUGGACCUGGUGUACAUCAGGGACGCCGAUCAGCUCCACGCGCCCCUGGCGUUCGUCGCGCCCCUCGCGCUGGGCUUCGUGUUCAUCGCCAAGGCGUUCGCCGCCGCCGGACCGCCGCACGCCGAGCGACGCUCGGACACCGGCCGUCGGAGCCGUCGGGGCGUCGAUUCCGACGGCGACGGCGCGGGGCCGGACCUGUCGACGGUGCUGAACCAGCUCAACAUCCGUGCCCCGGCCUGUCAGGCGCUGGUGGUCUGCGAGACCCACCGACUGAUUGCCAGCCUGCCGGAGCCACUGCUGCACCACUACAGACGACUCAGCGGUCGCCUGCGAGGGGUACAUCACUUCAGCGGCUCAGCCACCCUUGGUCUGGACAGGGGCGACUGUCGGGCACGGGACGGAGAGCGCUGUAAAAAGACGCCGCUCGAGCUGCUGCUGAACACAGGACUCUUCCGCCAGCGACGGAACACGCUCUGACGUCAUAUGCUCGUGACGUCACUACAAAGUAACGAUGACGACAGACUUAUUGAAUGUGCGAACAUGUAAUGAGGUGGAGUGCAAAUACACAGUUGUCGUAA